GAAGAAGAAGAAGAAGAAGAAGAAGAAGAAGAAGAAGAAGAAGAAGAAGAAGAAGAGGCAUAUUUGAGAUUUUCUUGGUUUUAAGCAUUCUCAAAGGAUCCAGAGAGUAGAUGAUCAGGCUUCACACAACCCAGUGUCCUGUCCUGGAACUUUGACAGGAGUGGACACAGACACACACUCUCAUACACACACUCUCGCACACACUCUCUCUCUCUCACACACACACCUGCACACACAGAGGAAGACGUUCUCCAUCACUGGACCCCCCUCGAUUGGACCAUGUCCACGUCCUCGUCUGGAUCGACCAACCACAACAAGCGUCUGUCAUCGGAGACAGACAACUCUCAGAGGGUGUUGGACAAUGACUCAGCCCAGCAUCUGAAGCUGAGGGAGAGACAGCGCUUCUUUGAGGAGGUGUAUCAGCACGAUAAGGACUUCCUCCUGUCCUCGGCCCACCUGCACAUCGACUGCAGGAAACCUCCUAUGGGCAGUAUCUCCUCUAUGGAGGUGAACGUGGAUAUGCUGGAACAGCUGGACCUCAUGGACAUCUCUGACCAGGAAGCUCUGGAUGUGUUCCUCAACUCUGGGGACGACGACGGCCCACUGGCCUCCCCUUUACCAGAGGUAGACGAUGAAGACGAGAGCAAAGAGGUUGUCUACAGGGAGCGUGUGCCAAUUUGUCCGCAUAUCGACGGUCGCUGGGGGUCAAAAUCUCGUAUGUCCUCCACCUCCUCUGGUUCGAGUGACACCAGCGGGGGCGGAACCGACAAUGUGGUCCAAUCCGAUGAAGAGGAGGUGCACGCCGACACCCUCCUGCUGACCUCCGUGCCCUGAAUGAAGGACGAAGAGACCGAUGAAGAGAGAAACCUGUCCGGUCCUUCAUCGUAGAGACACAAGUCAAUCAGCUGUUCUGACUGUUGUCAAUGACAACAAGGAAAGGGUAAACAGACUAACUCAGAGAUUCAUACAUAAACAGUACCAUCACUGUCUCUUUCCAUGUUACCCUGUGGACACCCCUGCACUAUCCUGUGGGAAACCCCUAGCAUGGACACCCCUUGUAGUGGUUUGGUGUGUUGUUAUGGGUUAAUUGAUUUCUUGCGUAACUAUGAAAAAUACUUAUUGAUGACGUCUCAUUAUUUCAACUUAGCACUAUUGUACUGAACACUCAGUUUUCACAGCAGUUUUUUCUGUUGCUUCAGAGCAUUAUACUCAUAUUUUGUUUAACCAUGAUCAAGGUGUCAAUAUUGUGUUUGCCAUAUUUAUCAUACACAGAAUAUCAUUGUCAGAGGGAGAAAUUAAGACUGGUCCAGAUGUCUGUCUCAUAUAAGAACCUGUGAACAUUGAGAGACUACAUCCUGGAUCCAAUGCUAUCCAUUCCUUAAUGCUGUUAUUUAAACACUGAAUUCUAACACACUGAUACAUGAUGAGUCUCUUUGCUGCAUGAUUGGGUUCAGUUAGUGGUAGUCUUAAGCAGUUUAGUUUAAUUUGUUCUCAGUCAAGGUAUUUACCAACCUUCAUGUAACAGUUGAAAGGGGAUAAAACAUUUAGCAACAUAACACAUCAGUCACUCGCACGCUACAUGCGGACUGGAUAUUCUGCUAUUGCUAUUCCCUCCAGCUCAGGACACCUUCAUCACGCCCAUUUUCUUUGAACUUGAAUGUCAGUUAAGAGGGUGAGAAAGAUCUAAGAGUGGUAUUUCAACGUAAACAGGAACAAUCCUGUGUGGCAUUCCCCCAAGUCAGUAGGCAUAUGAGUUAGGAGUCUACCAGGGCAAUACCUUGGUAAAGGCCUUGGUGUCAAUGAAGACAAUAUUCGCUAGCUACCGGGAAUUCCGUCCACUAGCAACUAUCCUAGGGAGCGGCAAUCUUACCCAGGUGUUUGUUUCUGCUUGGUUGGAGCAAAAUCAUGCACCCCAGGGCCGGACUACUGCAUUUGGGGCCCCGGUGCACCUACAAUGAGGAUGAGAGAAAAUUGUGCAGUUUUGAAACAAAUUUCAAGUUAUUCUACACAUUUAUCCAUGAGCCUGAGAGAAAGUUUUGCAGUUUUAAAAUGUAUUUCCUGCAAUUCUACUCAUUUUGACAUUGCUUAUGACGUGUUCAUAUGCUGUCUGGGGCCCCUUGGUGGUCGGGGGCCCCGGAGCACGUGCCCUGCAUGCCCGUUCGGUUAUCCGGCCCUGCUGCACCCACACCGGCCAUCACAGGGUAAGACUGUCCACCGUUUUACAACAGUACACCCUGGUGUUCUUACUGUAAGAGAGCAGUAUAGAGCAGGAGCGAGCCAUAAACAGCCCCCAGCCUCAUGUUGUAUUGUUAUGCUCAUAUCAUCUGGGUACCAUGGACUGACUGUGUUUGUAAAUGCAUGCCAUGUAUGUCAUGUAUAGAGUUGUUCAUUCUGCAAUAAAGUGUAUC